AUGGUGCUUGGGCUUCCAACGCUUUGCCCUAUCAUCUCAGCCAGCACUAUUUCGUGGCGCCGCUCGCUGGAUGCGCUGGGUAGCGCUGCCCAGUGUCUGGCAGUUGGAUCGCGUGGCCGGGGGACGAUAACCGUGACAGUGGUUGGAGGUGGUAGGCGCCCCGAUGUGGCUCUGGUGCUAGGGGAUGGGGACAGGAUACAGGAGCGGAAGAAGGGUGCUGAUCAGAAGUUCGAAGCAAAAACUGCAGAUAGUAGUAAAGAGGAAAGUAAAUCAGCACAGCUCUACAAAGAAAAGUAA